GGGGCUCAAGUCUCCCACAGCAAAAACCUCAGGUACUGCCUUCGCAUUCCUCACAAAAUUACCUACACGCCUUAAUCGCUCCCUCUCCUAAUUAUUCUGUUCUUUCUUCAUUCUCCAAACCCUUCACUCUAAUUUGGCAUUGCAUGCACUUACGUACCCUAAUCUAGGUUGGUUGGGUCGAAAGCACUGUAUCAGAAGUGUCAAUAUCUUUUUAUACAUAUAUAUAUAUAUAUAUAUAUAUAUAUAUCUUAGAGCUAGCUGCCUUCUGCAAUAUCGGCAAUGGAGAGAGUCUCAAACAUGACAUCAGAGAGGCCCGUGGUGAUCUUCAGCAGGAGCUCCUGCUGCAUGUGCCACACCAUCAAGACUCUCUUCAUCACUGAGUUUGGGGUGAACGCCGCAGUCCACGAGGUGGAUGAGAUUCCGAGAGGGAGGGAGAUCGAGCAAGCUCUUCUCAGGCUUGGGUGUAACCCGAGCGUGCCGGCGGUGUUCAUCGGCGGUGAACUGGUGGGUGGAACCAACGAGGUGAUGAGCCUCCAUCUCAGGCGCUCCUUAAAACCAAUGCUCCAACGCGCUGGAGCAAUCUGGGUUUAAUCCAUGAACCACUAACCUAAUUAGCAUCAGGCGCGCCUAAAUAAAUGAUUUGAGUUAAUAUAUAUGUGUGUGUGUGUUAAACUAUAUAUAGAGCUGAUCACUGCAGUACUCUUGCUGAGUCUAUAUAUAUACUACGUGUAUUUUAGCUUUUUUGUAAGGUGCAUGUACGUACCGUUUCGCUUUUGCUAAUAAAAGUUGCAAUUUUGCAUCAAA